AAUGAAUAGUGAAGCAAAACCAUAGACUCAUUAGGCCAAAGCAAGAUUAAAGGCUGCUAGAUCUAUUUUUGAAUUAGCGGAUGUUAAUAAGGAUGGUUUCAUUACUUUUGAUGAAGUAUUAUUUUUAUGAUGUAUCAUAAAGGUUCCAAAAUUGCUAAUUGAAACAAACAAGUUAAUUACAGAUGAGUAGUAUGUGCCUACAAAAGAGGAAAUAGAUUGUUGGAUUAAUAUGACAGAUUUAAAUAAGGAUAAAAAGGUUAGUAUCCAUGAAUUUGAAGUUUUAAUAUUAAAAGCUCUUCAAGCAUAAGGAAUUGAUUUAGAUGGACAAUGA